GACAUUCUAUACGGACAAGCAAAGAAAGGCAAUAGUUAUUUAGAUCUUCUGUUAGGUUAUGUAUGCAGGAUGUAUUCCUCCAAUUACUGUCUUCACGUGUACCUUUCUUUCUUUCCUUGCUUUUCAACAACCAGUAGGCGCAGGUAUAUGCAGGAUCAAGAGAUGGACAGACUUCUGGAUGAGUUGAUCAUCCAUGACGAGGGGCCUUUUCUUCCAUUGUUCCAGCAACACUGCCUUUUUUUUUUUGCGUGUUUUGCAAACUCGACAUCACAACACCUACCUAUUCAUUGUGAUUCUCCAUCGCCCAGAAGAGGAAAAAGUGCAAGAAUGGGAGAGUCGGCUUUCCUUCCACGAAGAACAACGGCCCAUCUCAACAAAAAGAUAACAACCCCACAAACUCUCCCCACAAGGGCAAGAAAAACCCGAACGCGUGUUGUUGAGGUCCUCGAUGCUUCUCUAGUCUCUCCUCCGCGUAUUUUUUUCGUCUCCCCCCAUCAGCCGCGUGUUCUUUUAUGGAGAAGAGCGAAGCCAAACGUCCCUCAGUGCCUCUCACUUGACUAACCUAAGCAAAAGGACCUAGUCCAAUCUAAUCUAAUCUAGACUUUUCUUUUCAACAAGACCGACGCGAACCAUUCCACACCCCCUACAAAAUCCCUCGUUUGACAAAGAUGCGACCUAGAUGUCCACUUCAACCCACAAAAAGAAGAAGAAGAAAAAAGACACAAAGAGAUGGCUUCUAAUUCGACGUAUGACGAGAUGACGAUCUUGCAUCCCCGGUUUCCCGUGGCGGGUGGCGAAUCCAGAUCAAAUCAUUAUCCUUCCUUGCCCCCCUUCUUUUUU